GAAAGGUAUUAAAAGCUGUAUGGAAUAUUAUUUUUAUCUUCUUUAAAUAGUAAAAGUUAGAGAUUCCAUGGCAUUUCCACUAAAUGAUCAGGUUUAUACAAAAUCUUUCACACCUAGAGAAUAUCAAGUUGGAUUAUUUUAUACAGCUAAAGAGAAAAAUAUAAUUGUUUGUUUAGGAGAAAGUUACGAACAAACUUUUAUUGUUAUACAAUUAAUUCAAGAAUUUGCUACCAAUAAUAGGAGAUUAUUAAGCAAAGGAGGAAAACGAUCGUUAUACAUAUUGACAGAUGUUGAGAAGUAUAAAAUAAAAGCAAGUUACAUAGAACAAUUAACAGAUUUAAAAGUGCUAUUAUGUGAUACCUGUCCAUCGACGGAGUUUCUAGAUAAAUUUGAAGUUUCACACGUGUUAGUUACUACUUCCGAAACAUGCGCGCAGUUGUUAGCAGAAAAAAAGAUUCUACCGCAUCAAAUAAAUCUAGUCAUAGUCGACGAGUGCCCCAAGUGUAUAGACGAUAAGCUAACAUUUAGUUUGCAAAACUUUUUAUCUUGUGACAGUGUUCCUAGAAUUAUUGGAUUAGGCGUACCGUUAUUUAAUUUAAUGCAAGAGCCUGGAAGGCUAGGCCUAGAAAUAGAAAAAGUAGAAACCAUAUUUCAGUGCGAAGUUGAAACAGCUAGCGACAUAUUAUCUAUAUUACGCUAUAGCCCUAAACCUAAAGAAUAUGUAGUGGAAUAUUCUGAAUGCGAAAAAGGGGAAUUACACAAUACUAUCGAGAAUUAUACAUUACAUGCUAUUGAAUUUUUGCGCGAUCAUCGGCAUGACCCAACAGAAAUUUAUAGCGAAGAGUUUUACGAAGACAUCCAAAAAAUACCAGACCCCACGGAGAAACCGUUUCAAAUGAUGCAAGAUUUUUUACUUAUACUAGACACUCUUGGACCAUGGUGUGCAGAUCGUGCUGCACUUGCACUUUUAAUUUUAACAGAAAAAUUGAAAAUAAAAACACCUUACGAAAGACAUUAUUUAUUAUUGAACAUGGUCGCGUCUGUUUUUAUGAAGAUACGAGCUUUAUGUGAUAGCACGUUCGAAGCUUUGUCCGGAAAAGAGAGAAUAUAUAAAUAUACUACGCCAAGGGUUCAUCGGCUAUUACAAGUUUUAAAGACGUACACUCCAUAUUAUAACAAGAAUGGUGAUAUUCCUCAUAAUAAAAAGAACCGUCAAAAUAAUUAUAAAAAUUCAAAUAAUAAGGAAAAUUCUCAUAAACGUAAUUUUGGGCAAAUUAAAAAAUCAGAGUGCAAUUGGAGAAGUAACGAAGAAAACUAUACGAAAGUAACCAAAUCUCCCAAAUCUCUACAUCACAUGCGUGAAGCUACGGAUCCUGAUCUACUUUGCGGGGUGAUUUUUGUGGACAAGGCAUUUGUAGCAAAAGUUUUGUUCUAUUUAUUAAAUGAAAUAUCCGCAUAUGAUGAAGACUUACAUUUCUUAUCGCCUCUUUAUGCAAUUGAAAAAAAUGCAGAUGAUAUUGGUUACUCGAGGGCUUUAGAAAUGGAGCAUAGAAAACAAGAAGAAGUUUUGAAAAGAUUUAGAAUACACGAAUGUAAUUUAUUAAUCUCAACUUCAAUUUUAGAAAAAGGCAUUGAUAUCCCAAAAUGCAAUUUUGUAAUGAGAUAUGAUUUUCCAAAAACUUAUCAGUCUUACGUACAGUGUAAGAGUCGAGCAAGAGCUGUGGAUGCGUUACACGUACUAUUAGUUUCGCAGAAAGUAUCGAAAGAAUGCGUGUGGCAAUUAGCACAGUAUCAUUACGUAGAAAAGACUUUGUUAGUAAAGUGUUCUAAUAACGAACCAACUGCAAAAGAAGAGAACGAGGCAGAUUUGUACGCUGCUAUGAUACCGCAAUAUAAGCCACUCGAUGGAGAUGAUGCACCUUCGGUUACUUUCAAUUCUGCCAUAUCAUUGGUAAACAGAUAUUGUGCAAAAUUACCUAGUGACACUUUUACAAGAUUAACGCCAGAAUGGUCUACUGUAAAAACCAGUCUAGACAACAUGCCUAUGUAUAUAUGUUCUUUACGGCUCCCUAUAAAUUCUCCAGUAAAAUACAUUGUAUCGUCAUAUCCUAUGCCAAACAGAGCAAUGGCAAGGCGGAUGGCUGCUCUGCAGUUGUGCGUUGAUUUGCAUAGAAAGAAUGAAAUUGAUGAUAAUUUAUUGCCUAUCGGGAAGGAAAAUUUUAAAGCUAGACCGGAAGAUGCAGAAGUACCGGCUUUACCGGAUGAAAGUAAAGUGGAUUUUUCUGAAGCUCUGCUUGGAACAACUAAACGUAGACAAUAUUAUUAUAAGAAGACGGCUGAGGCAUUGACGGACUGUAGGCCAAAAGUUGGAGUUCCUUGUUACUUGUACCACAUUAAGAUGGUCCUGAGUUGUCCUUUACCCGAAGAACAGAAUACCAGAGGUCGACGUAUUUAUCCUCCUGAAGAAUCGGCUAUUGGUUUCGGUAUAAUAACAUUGAAAGAAAUUCCAAAGUUAUGUCCUUUUCCUAUUUAUACCAGAUCUGGAGAAGUUCAUGUAAAAUUAAAACUCAGUAAGCAGACUGUGGUUUUAAAUGAAGUACAGAUAGAGAAAAUUGCCACUUUCCUCAAUUAUACUUUUACAAAUGUAUUAAGAUUACAACAGUACCUAAUGCUUUUUGAUCCUAACGCUUCAGAAAAUUCAUACAUGAUUGUGCCUAUAAAAUUAGAUGAAACAUCCGAUGUUACUGUACAUUGGGAUUUUUUAGAAUAUAUAUACGUAAAUCGAAAUUCAGUGCCAACCAAGGUUCCUGAAGAAGUCAGGCGGAAUUUUAAUUUUGAUGCAUCGAAAUACCACGACGCAGUGAUUAUGCCUUGGUAUAGAAGUCAAGACCAACCGCAGUAUUUCUACGUUGCUGAAAUUUGUACAAACUUAAAUCCCAAGUCUUCUUUCCCUGACAAUGAUUAUGAUACUUUCGAGGAAUAUUAUCUUAAGAAGUAUGACAUACAAAUACAAAAUGUAGAUCAGCCUUUGCUUGACGUAGAUCAUACCUCGGCUAGGUUAAAUUUCUUAACACCUAGAUAUGUUAAUCGAAAAGGCGUUGCUUUACCUACAAGCAGCGAAGAAACAAAACGUGCAAAACGAGAGAAUUUGGAACACAAACAGAUCCUUGUUGCUGAACUAUGUGCAAUUCAUCCAUUCCCAGCAUCCUUAUGGAGACUAGCAGUUUGUUUGCCCUGUAUUUUGUAUAGAAUCAAUGCCUUAUUACUUGCUAAUCAAAUACGGUGUCAAGUUGCGCAAAUGAUCAAUUUAGGACAGGAAAAUUUAGAUUGUAAUUUCGAGUGGCCGACGUUGGACUUUGGAUGGAGUUUAGCAGAGGUUUUAAAAAAGUCUAAAGAAAGCGAAAAAUCUAAAUCUGCUAAAACUGAAACAACUCAAACAAGUUCUUUGAACGCGAUUGACAAUAAAUGUCAAGAUAUACCUGAAAAUACAGAUAAUUUAGAAAAGCCUAGCGAAGAAAAUUCAAGUGAGCAAAAUCAUGAAUUACAAUUGGAAAAAGUUAAUGCAACGGGAAUUGAAUCGCAAAUGUCAAACAAUGAAAAUGAAUUAGAAAUUGGUACUUGGUCAAAUGAUAUGGCAAUGAAUUCCAUGGAAUUUGGUACAGAUGAUUUAAACGUGACUGUUUUAUCGAAUGAUUUUAACUGGAAUGGUGUACGAUAUGGUUCUCCUGCAUGCGAGUCAGAUUUUGAUGGGUAUGAAUCGGAUGAUAUUUACAGUGAUGGGUUUGCUGACACAUCGGAUGAAAGUGAAGAUGAAAAUAGAGGGUUACGAAUUUCUUAUAUAGGAGAAAAUGUUGCGGAGGCUGUUGAAGAUGAAAAGCAAAUAUCUAAACAAGAAAUUAAUAAAAAAAUCUUGGAUCUUUUAGAAACUGAAAAAAGUACGGAUGACAUUUUAUGGUCCUACGCAAAAAAUAACGAGGAAUCUUUAAUUGCAAAGCAUAGACAAUCUCAUUAUGAAUUUACUAAAAUAAGGGAAUCUGAAAUAAUGGAAAAUGGCUCUUUUAUAUCCUGUAAUACCGAGAUUGUAAUUAAAAGAAAGAAUUCAUGUAAUUCGCAAUCUGAAGAUAACAAGCUGAAUUACGAACAUAAAGCUUACGUAGAAACAGUUGUUGAUAAAUUUAAUAAAGAAAUAUUAAAUACUAAGAGCCGUUUACAACCGAUAAAAAAAGAAUCUAACAAGUCGAAAUUGACAUAUCUGGACAAGAAUCUUUUCAGUUUCGAUUAUCAACCAGAAUUAAAAAAUCAUUUAGGACCGAGUCCCAGCUUAAUUUUACAAGCUUUAACUAUGUCCAAUGCAAAUGAUGGUAUUAAUUUAGAACGUUUAGAAACUAUCGGGGAUUCUUUUCUAAAAUAUGCUAUAACUACUUAUUUAUAUUGUACAUACGACAAUAUUCACGAAGGCAAACUUAGUCACUUAAGAUCUAAACAGGUCAGCAAUUUAAAUUUAUACAGAUUAGGAAGACAAAAAAUGUUAGGUGAGAGCAUGAUAGCGACAAAAUUUGAACCACACGAUAAUUGGUUACCACCUUGUUACUAUGUUCCAAAAGAACUCGAACAAGUAUUAAUUGAAUCUGGCAUACCCUCUACGCUUUGGAACCAAGCCGACAUUCCGACAUUGCAAGCCGUAAAUCCUACUGAAAUAACCCAGCUUGUUAAAGAAACAGAACAAAAAUUAGGCAUCAUGAAGAGCGAACUUAACCGUAAUGAAACUACACUUUCAAAUAAUUUAGACAACUUAUGUUGUUUCAUACCUUACAAUUUAAUUACUCAACAUAGCAUUCCUGAUAAAAGUAUCGCAGAUUGUGUGGAGGCAUUAAUCGGAGCAUACUUAAUUGCUUGUGGCCCUAGAGGUGCAUUACUUUUUAUGGCCUGGUUAGGGAUACACGUUUUGCCCACAGAAGAAGUUUGUAUUAUACAGGAAACAGAACCUAAAGAAAGAAUUCCUGGUAGUACGCCGUACAUAAAAGGAACAAACGAGCAGGGUCAGACAACAUGGACGCAGAUUCGUUAUGGUACGUUGGAAGAACCACAGAAUCCUCUGCUUCGACACAUUCCUGACCCGGAACACGAAUUGAAAUUGAUGCUUGAUGGAUACGAGGAAUUAGAAAAAAAUAUAGGGUAUAAAUUUCAUGACAUUAGUUACUUAUUACAAGCAUUUACUCAUGCUUCGUAUCAACCUAAUAGAUUGACAGAUUGUUAUCAACGUUUAGAAUUUCUUGGAGAUGCAGUUUUAGAUUAUUUAAUAACAAGACAUUUAUAUGAAGAUGCCCGACAACAUUCACCAGGUGCUUUGACAGAUUUGCGAUCAGCUUUAGUCAAUAAUACUAUAUUCGCUUCCUUGGCUGUUAGAUGUGGAUUUCAUAAAUAUUUUCGACAUCUUUCUCCUGGCUUAAGUGCUGUUAUAAAUCGUUUCGUUAGGAUUCAAGAAGAAAAUGGACAUUCCAUUAGCGAAGAGUACUAUUUAAUUGGAGAGGAAGAAUGUGAAGACGUUGAAGACGUAGAAGUACCAAAAGCAUUAGGUGAUGUUUUUGAAUCGUUAGCUGGUGCAAUUUAUUUGGACAGUUGCAUGUCCCUAGAUGCAGUAUGGAGCGUUUAUUACGCCAUCAUGAAAACGGAAAUUGAACAAUUCAGCACUAACGUUCCUAAAUCUCCAAUUCGUGAAUUAUUGGAAUUGGAACCGGAAACAGCGAAAUUUGGAAAACCAGAGAAAUUGGCGGAUGGGCGUAGAGUUAGAGUUACGGUUGAUGUUUUUGGUAAGGGGUCGUUUAAAGGAAUUGGAAGAAAUUGUAGAAUUGCAAAAUGUACCGCGGCAAAGUGUGCUCUUAAAAAGCUGAAAAGAAUGCAAAGUUAUCCACGGGAGAAACUAUGACAACACACAUAACAUUAAAAUGAAAUAUAUAAAAGUACAAGAAAUCUGAUAAAUUUCUUCAACAGUGUUGAAACGUAUAUUUCUAUACAAUUGUGUUCAUGAAUGUAUUUAUAAAUUUGUAGUAUAAGAAAGUUUCGUGUAUUAUAAUUUAAUAUAAUAAGUUAAUUGAUGUUAAAGCAUAGACCCACGAAGAAUAUAAUGAAUUAAGGAGAGAAAUAAGGUUUGCUUUAAAUUUGAAUUUUGAGAAAGAUUAUGCGUCUUUAGACUGUAAAUACUUAAAGUAACGACGACAUAACACAUUCUUGAAAAUUCUACGAGUUAUAUUAAAUCUCUUUUUCUAUAUGACGUACAUGUUUUUAAUAUCAAAUCUCUUACAUUUCUGUGUAAUACAUACUUAGGGGAAUCCCAGACAGUAGAGGUAUGCGAGAUCCUAAAAAUGGGUUUCCCAAAUUUUCGGAUUCUCGCACACCUUUACAGAA